GUAAGCAAUGCUGUUUAUAUGUUUAUAUGAGACACAAUUUUUAAAAUAAAAGUGAAAAGCAACAAUCAAAUUAUAAUAAAUAUAACUAACAUUUACAGUGACUUAAACUGCAAACAUGCGUAUGGAAGAUGUGGAUAAACUGACUGACCAUGAGUUAAGAAAGCAGCUAACUCAUUAUGGAUUACCUAAUAUGCCAAUUACGGAAACAACUCGUAGAUUAUUACUGGAGAAACUCAAAAGAAAAAUAUACCAAGAAAAACAGGAAAUGAAAUUAAGAAAGCGCAACACACGUACAAGCUCACCGGUAAAACAAUCAGGAUAUUCUUUGGGUGGUCCACUGGAUUAUGCCAGCAAUGCACAAAAUAAUUUAAAAAUACAACCCGAACUUGAAAAUAUUCCUGCCUUCAAUUAUAUACCAACUUCAUCUAAUUUCACCACCAAUAACCUAUCAGAAAGAUAUUCAAUGCCAGUAAUGGACUCAAUUGAUGAUAAUUUCUAUCAACAAUUAUUGCGUGCCGAAAAAUAUAACGUUCAUGAUCCAAACAUGGCAAUGAAUUCAUUUAAGACACAACCUAUGUAUACAAAUAAUACAUACGUCAACCAAAAUUAUACACCACAUCCUCCAGCAGACUUGUACUAUCAGAAUAAUUACUCACCGAAAACAUCGUUAGAUACAAAUGCAGUUUGUGCCGGCGGCGAUCCAAACUCAAAUAAUACACAUUUUGGAAUAGUAAAUAAGCUUCUAAGUCUACGCAGUAAGUCGCUACCUAAACAGAAUAGUUAUAACAUGAAUGAAACUGACAUGGCAACCGAUAGACGUUUGAGAAGCAGUAAUGCAGACAAGAAAAUAACAACUAAAAGACUGAUACAGCAUUUAAUAAAUCGAGUACUUUAUAAGCCCGAAUUAAGGCAAUCUUUUGUGCCACACGUUCUAAUUAUAUUAUUUUUUAUAUUUUUUAUUUCACUGGCCGCUAUUUACAUGAUGAUUAGACCAAAUAUACCGGCCACACAUCAAAUUGAAAAUACUAAUGUAAAGAUCUGUGAACUUGACAUGGUUGCCGAAAAGGGUAUGUUGUCGACGUGUGUGGAAAAUGAAAGACUUGAAGAAGUUAAAACUUAUAUUAGGGAACUUUUGACAUUACUGCAAAAACGUGCUGUUCACUAUCAUUGUAUUGAUUCUAGUAUAUCCGCAGCAGUAAGUAAGGAAGAAUUUAUAAAAUAUGUGCUGGAUAAUCUAACUUCCACAAAUAUGAAUAAUGUAGAUUUUAAUAUACAUGCUAUGCAACAUUUGAUUAGGGCAAACUCUCAGUUGAAUGUCAAAAUUAUGUCCAAUGAAACAAAUUCCGUGGACACAAACUCAAAUGCAGUUGAACGUAAUGUAAUAACACAGUUUUUACUUGCAGUACCGCAACUUCCAUUUAAAUGCAUUUUAUUUAAUAAAUUGCAUACAUUUUUUAUCAUCAUUGGUACUGGGGCUGUUAUUGGCGCAAUUGUGUUACUUGCGUAUAAUAUAUAUCUCCGUAUUAAAAGAAGCAGUGAUGAACGUAAUCUACUAGUCAAACAAUAUUCGGAAGAGAUUGUUAAUGAGCUACUGUAUCAAACCUCUUUAAAAAAUGAAACUGGAACAGGCGAACUUAUCUUAAACCAUUUGAGAGAUAAACUUAUACCUAUUAAUAAGCGAAAAGCUUCUUUGUGGUCUUGGGAUGAAGCAAUACGUUUAUUGGAAGCAAAUGAUAGUAGAAUACAGUUUUGUAUCUCUUUGCACAAUGGUGAAGAGUUUCGAACAUUGAAAUGGAUUGGACAAUUGAAUCAAAAUGAAAUUAAAAUAAAUGCAAAGAAACAAUGGCAGAGUCCGGCAUUUGAUAAUGUAAACAAGGUUCAUAAUCCGCCCACACCUUGUUUGAAAAUUCGACAUAUGUUUGAUAAUUCAGAUAUACAAAAUCCAAAUUUGAAACAGAUUAUUAAAGAUGCUAUUUUAGAAAAGGUUGGAUCCAGAUGUUCGAUGAAAGAUUUACAAAUCGAUAAAAAUACCUGCUGUGUAUACAUACGAUGUCCCAAAGAGGAAGACGCUGGUAUUAUACAUAAUGAAAUCAAUGGUUGGUGGUUUGACAAUCGUUUAGUUUCCAUUAAAUUUUUACGAUUACAACGUUAUUUAAGUCGUUAUCCAAACGCUAUAGAAACCUAAAUAUUAAGUUAAUUUAAGUUAUACAGUUAUACAUAAUCGCACAAUUAAAUAUUGCUUUAAAAAGGU